AGCAGCCCCACGCCCAGAUUUUUGCCACACAUGUCAUAACUGCAACCCAUGGGGGCAGUCCCAACCCUGAGGCUGAGAGCUGCUUCCAUGCAAGGGUCUCCUUGCCACCAUCAGAGCUGCUGGUGAGCAGUGCCUCGGCUCUGGCCUCACUAUAAGUAGCCAGGUGUUCCAAGGCAUGAAUAGCUGAGGGACAUGAAUUGUAGUAUACUUCCUCUUCUCAGGUACGUAUAGUAUAUAUGUAAAUAUAUACUAUAUUAAAGAAUAUUUUUUCCCACAAAGAGCUAGUGACUAAAAAUAUAUGAGUGUUAAAUGCUAUAUUGAGAAGGAAAACUCGUGAAAGCAAAUGGAAAAAAGUUAAAAUAGUUACUUCCUUUAUAAUCCCCAGCUCUUACUAGUUUAAGUAAUCCUGGUUCCUCCACCCCGGCACAGGGAAAAGGCCUCUUUUUCUCACCACAGCUCUGGGUCCCUCUCGCCAAAGCCUUUGCAGGGCACCAGGAUGUCUACUGGCCUAACACGUGGGGCUCAGGGCACUUGCUGGCUUCCUCUCUUUUGGAAGGAGAUUUCUUAGAGCCCAUCAGAGGGGACCCCAAGGUCCCACCUGACACCGCGCCUCUGCCCCUUGCCACACAGAAAACAGGCCAGUGUGUGACGUGACUUGAGUUAAACUUAGAGGCCAGGAGCUGAGUGAGUAGAAGAGAAUCGUUUCUCUUUUCCUCCACUUCUGUCCACACUUUCUCUUCAACAGUUUACGAUUUACAAAUACUUUUUCCUCAGUUAACGUUAGACAGCUUCCCCAAAACUUUUAAAACUGCCUCCAACUUGGCUCCUUCGGCAAAUGGGCCCCACCAGGGCCUGUCUUUUCUACACCCAUAAAACGUGAUUGCCUCUUGCUAGACCUGGGACUCUCCGUCCCCUAAAGGAACAGAGUUGGAUGGCAGCAAGGCCUCUGCCAAAUUGUGUGAGAACACGCCCAGGUGUUUAAGCCAAAAUCCAAGGAGGUUUCUUCCCAAACAGAACAGCCGGCAGGAAGCUGUGAGUUGAGGUGGCCCGGCCGUGGUCUGCUGGUGGCAUUGGGGUGUUCCCCUUCCCUGAGUGAAAGCCUCGGCCCUCCCUCCUCCACCGGGUGGGAACUCCUCCUCCUCGGCCCUGGUGGGACCACACACACACACGCACACACACACGCACACACGUCUGCACCACCCUGUGCUAGGGUGUUUGUGGCUGCCGGGAGCGGUACACGUCCAGCCUGCUGCCACUGCAGGGUACAGCUGUGAACAGGGUGAUGCCCAGAGACAGCCAGUGUUCACAUGUGUGCUCACGUGUGCCCCCAGAGCGUGCACAUGCAGAUGGAAAGGGUCUGCCUGCAUUUGUGUGAACGUGUUCAUGAGCUGGCGUCCUAGAGCAGUUGACCCUGGACCAACAAGGGGGUUGGGGUACUGACCCCUCGUGCAGUUGAAAAUCUGCAUAUAACUUUUUACUCCCGCAAAACGUAACUGCUAAUAUCCUACUGUUGACCAGAAGCCUUCCUGAUUACGUAAUUAGUUGAUUGACGUGUAUUUGGUGUGUUAUAUGUAUUAUAAACUAUACAGUAAGCCCCCUACAUACAAACGAGUUCUGUUCCAAGAGAGCAUUCAUAAGUCCAAUUUGUUCGUAAGUCCCACAAAGUUAGCCUAGGUACCCAACUAACACAAUUGGCUAUAUAGUACUGUAUUGUAAUAGGUUUGUAAUACUUUUCACACAAAUAAUACAUAAAAAACAAACACAAAAAAUAAAGAAAACAUUUUUAACCUUACAGUACAGUACCUUGAAAAGUACACCAGCCAGGUGAACUAACUUAUGUGAUUGGACAUGGGAACGCACGUUCAUCUUUGAAAGUUUGCAACUUGAAGGUUCAUAUGUAGGGGACUUACUGUAUUCUUACAAUAAAGUAAACUAGAGAAAAGAAAAUGUUAAGAAAAUUAUAAGGAAGAGAAAAUACAUUUACAGCAAUAUACUGUAUUUAUUGAUACUGUAAGUUUACAUUGUUUUUAAAGUGAAUCAUCUGUCAGUACAUCAAUAUUGUCUUAUAUGAUACAAAACACUGUAGCUGUUACAUGUAUUACUAAGACUAGACAUCAAAAAUGAAAAGAUCAUGUGAAAAAGAAAUUCGUAUUUAUUUACAGGUAUAGUGUGCAUGCAUUGAUAACAGAGAAGCUAGCAAUGGUUGCCUAGCUUAUCUAAUGAAUGAAUCAUUAUAAAAUUUUUAUGGCCUACAGUAUUACAGUCAUAUUCAAAAUAUGGUAUUAGAAACAUUGUUACAUUUUUCUGAAAACCACUUACCUGUGAUGAUAGGCUGAUAGGCAGUUUCUCCAAUUAGGAGAGAAAGGCGUACUGUAGGGUAAUGUGAUUCUUUGAAAGCAAAGUUGUAGAACACUAAGAAAACGAACGCAUUAUUAAUUUUAUAUCAACUAUCACCCACCUUAUGCCAGUGGAAGGACAGGCUGCCACUUCAGUGCCAGUCUUGCACACAGUGUUCUACACGAUGAAUGCUGAGGCGGUGGUGAUGACGACAACACAGAAACGGCUCACACGGUUGCGGCCGCACAGUUACUAGAUUUUCACACGAAGUCACUCACACACAUACACAGCAGAUAAACCCUUGCCCACCGUGCAGGCCCCAGGGUAAUUACACGGAGGCGGAGACCUCUCCCACCCUCAGCCUUGGUCUCUGGGUUGGGAGGGUGGACACCUGAGCUCUGGGCUGCGGCGCCGGGACUGGGUUGGCGGAGGUGGCGUCACCCCGGGCGGCGCCAGGCUGGUGCACGCGCUCCGUGACGUGUCCCCCAGCCCGAUCUAGAGGAGCGCUGAGCUCCCCACCCUGACGCUGCGCUCGUCACUGGAAAGAGUCUUAAUAAAACCCACCUCCCAAAGGGGCUGGCUGUUCUCGUGCCCACAGGGGCCCCGUGGGGGAGGCCUGGCCUGCAGCGCUCCAGUGGCCAGGGGACCAGGAUGGGUAGGCGGAGCCCCUGGCUCCUGGAGGCGUAGCGCCUCGCCAGGCCCCUUCCUCCCUCCCUGCUGACAAGCGUCCCCGGCAGGCGCGCCAUGAAGUACACGCUGUGCAGUGACAACCAUGGCAUCAAGCCCCCCACCCCGGAGCAGUACCUGACCCCCCUGCAGCAGAAGGAGGUGUGCAUCCGGCACCUGAAGGCCCGGCUGAAGGACACGCAGGACCGGCUCCAGGACCGGGACACGGAGAUCGAUGAUCUGAAGAUGCAGCUGUCGCGCAUGCAGGAGGACUGGAUCGAGGAGGAGUGCCACCGCGUGGAGGCCCAGCUGGCCCUGAAGGAGGCCCGCAAGGAGAUCAAGCAGCUCAAGCAGGUCAUCGACACCGUCAAGAACAGCCUGAUUGACAAGGACAAGGGGCUGCAGAAGUACUUCGUGGACAUCAACAUCCAGAACAAGAAGCUGGAGACGCUGCUGCACAGCAUGGAGGUGGCCCAGAACGGCUUCGCCAAGGAGGACGGCGCCGCUGAGUCGGCCGGCGGGUCCCCCGCCCGCUCCCUUACCCGUAGCUCCACCUACACAAAGCUGAGCGACCCCGCUGUCUGCGGCGACCGCCUGCCCGGUGACCACCCCGGCGCCUCUGUGGAGGACGGGGCUGACAGUGGCUUCGUGGCGACCGACGACACUCUGAGCCGGACGGACGCACUGGAGGCCAGCAGCCUGCUGUCUUCAGGGGUGGACUGCGGCCCCGAGGAGGGCUCCUCGCUGCACGGCUCCUUCAGCCUGGGCCCCCGCUUCCCCGCCAGCAACACCUACGAGAAGCUGCUGUGCGGCACGGAGGCUGGCGUGCAGGCCAGCUGCAUGCAGGAGCGCGCCAUCCAGACGGACUUCGUGCAGUACCAGCCGGACCUGGACACCAUCCUGGAGAAAGUGACCAAGGCCCAGGUCUGCGGGACAGUCCCCAAGCCAGGGGACAGGUGCCCGGAGUCGGAUCCCCACCCCCUGGGGCCCAGAGACCCCAACUCUGCAGUGGUGGUGAUGGUGGGUGACGAGCUCGAGGCCCCGGAGCCCAUCACCCGGGGGCCCACCCCACACCACCCUGGUGCCAACCCAAACCCCAGCCCGUCGGUGAGCGUGGCGUGCCCCGUGGAGGAGGAGGAGGAGGUGGCCGCAGCCGAGAAGGAGCCCAAGAGCUACUGGAGCCGCCACUACAUCGUGGAUCUGCUGGCGGUGGUGGUGCCGGCCGUGCCCACGGUGGCCUGGCUCUGCCGCUCCCAGCGGCGCCAGGGCCAGCCCAUUUACAACAUCAGCUCCCUGCUGCGGGGCUGCUGCACCGUGGCCUUGCACUCCAUCCGCAGGAUCAGCUGCCGCUCGCUGAGCCAGCAGGGCCCAAGCGCCAGCACGGCAGGCGGCAGCUCCCAGCUCUGAGCGGGCCCCAUCCCGGCCCGGGCUCCGGCGGCCUGAUUACCGAUUGUAGGGGUGCCGUCCUCCCUCUCGCACGUUCCCGUGGGGCAUCAUCUUAUUUAUUUAGUUUUGGGUUUGGAGGUGGUGUUUUCAGAAUGGUAACAGUGUCAGGGGCUGGGAGUGGGGGUUGGGGGAAGGUAUCCCAAAACUUCAACAGGAGAGAAGGGAAGAGAGGCCAAGGGCAGGGAGGCACAGGGAUGGGACACACUGCGGAGAAAGAAGGUGGUGAGGCCCCCAACCUGGCCCCCCUGCCCACCUGGCCUCUCACACAGGGCAGCCCCUGCUCAGGAAGUCUCUGGUGUGCUGAUCUGGGGAGGCCGGGCUUGACUUGUCUGCCAAGCCUCCCCGUCCCCCACCCCCAUGUCCUGUCCAGUUCCCUGCUCACCCCAAGCCUUCUCUCCCAAGCCACCCCUUGCCCUCAGCCCGGGCUUCUGGGCCGGUAUUAUCUCCUCAGAUGGAGGUAGCUGCGACCCAAAGUACAGGCACCUGACCGGGACUCCGAGCAGGUCUGGAACCGCUUGGCCUGGGCUGAGCUCCACCCCCUUCAGGCUGCUCCCCGCUUUGGGAUUCGGGAGCACAGUCAAGGCCAUGGGCCGGAGGAAAGAUGGUGAUGGGCAGAGGGCAGUGUGGGUUCUGUGUCUGUCUGUUCAUCCCAGAGCUUCCCCACAUCUGUUUUCCUCCUGGCGCUUCUGAGUGUGUCAGAUAAUUUUGUAAGAGCCGGACAGGCGAGUGCCGGGGUGUGAACGCUAGCCUGAGCCCAGCUCCCGUCUGGAGACGCUGCCAGCAGGAAAGGAGGAGGCGGGGGCUGGCAGCUUAAGGGGGCACCUCCAGCCUUCUGAGACAGGGCCCUGCAGCCUGGGAGGCAGGGCUGGACUCAGCCACGGCCAGCUGACUGCUCCAGGUCUGACUGCCCUGGAGCUUGCCCUCGUUUUUCCGGGGACCUUAGGACCAACUUCUGCUUUGCACUGUGUUCACUUUGGGGCUUGGUUCUCACGCAUCCCAGGGUCUCCUGUGAGGUGGCUCCUUGCUUUCUCGGAUGAGGAUUCCUAAAUCUUACACCUUUCUGCCUCUGAGGGGAAUUCCAGCAGGAUGACUGGCAAGAUGAGGUUUUGAAGCCAUGAUGUCCGUCCAGGCCUAAGCAAGGUGCCCUGGGAUGCUUCCCAGGUAGGGGGUGGAGUGGGGCUCCCAGCCCAAGCCCAGUCAGCCUGGGAAGGUUCACUGGCCCCCCUCCUUCCCCGGGACCACAUCUAGGUACCCUGCAAAGCUGCUGACACUUUAUUAGCAUUAUUAUUUUACAGAGUAAACCCAUUCCUCUUCCUCUGCAGGGCUUAUACCUAUCUCGUCAUCCCACCCGCUCUUCAGAGUUAGGCCCUACAUUGGGGGUGGGGCGGUGUUGGUGGGACCCUGUGUCUCACUCACCCCUCCAGCCUAGGGGCCACUCUGGUUCUGCCAAGGUUGCUGGCCAACCCCCGCUGCUCCGACAGCUGUUGCCUGACUCGUGGGCUCUGCCCUUCCUCUCUGUGCCCCCUGCUUGAGGGGGGAUGCCUGCAUGCACUGGGGGUGGGCAGCCGGCCCAGCCAUCGGGGGGAGAGCCCCUCUGCCACGCGCUUUGUGCCUCCAAAGCUCCCCUUCCUCGCUCUGGGCCUCAGACCUGCCAUCCUUUGUGGAGCACCCCUCCACCCCAGUCGAACCAAACCCAAACUCUGGGGGCCGGGCUGGGCUGCCCCACAGGACCUGGGGGUCGUGACGUGGAGGGGCAGUGGACAAACCCAAUCCAAAGCCAAGCCAGGACUGGCUGCGGACCCCGCCUCCCGUGCCGCGUACUCUCGGAGCUGCGUGGUGUCUCCUUAGAAAUAGUCAAAAGCUUUGCCGAGAAAAUAAAUGUAUGACUAUUAUAUUUGACAACAUAAAAUCUAUAUAUUUUUCACCACUGGAAUCUAGUCGAGCUGCGUAGCCCCUCUGCUCCGGUCUGCGUCUUGCUGUCUGUGGCCUUCCUACUGUGUCUUGUGUUUUGAUGGACGUGGUCAGGGCCGGGGCUGUGGUCCGUUCUGUCCCUGCUGCUGGAGGAGCCCCUCGUGAAGAGCGGGGACCGAGGACCGUGGACCAGGUGAGCGGAGCUGGCGCCGCCCUCUGCUCCUGCUGUGGCUCGAGACCUGCCUGUCUGGUCAGAGGGGCUCCAGCCCACAGUGUUGGGGGGGGGCCUCUCUUUUGGGGGGUCUGGUGGGACCUUGACGGGCUUUGCCUCUUGUCGGUGGAGGAGGCAGCUCUCUGACCCAGGCCUGGGACAGACGCUGGGACCAUGUCGGCCAGGCCCCGGCUCGUGCGUGUGUACGUGUGUGUGCUCGGUAUCCUGCAUCUAUGCAAAAGGGGCAGCGCUGCCUGGGCAGCUGCCAGCGGUGGAGACAGAGGCGCAGUGGCCCACGGGCUCAGGCUCCAAGCCUGACUGCAGGACACAGGAUGUGGGGCCAGGACGCAAGGCCGGGGCCCGGGGGCCUCCCGCUGAGUGCUCAUCCUCCAAGGCUCCCCUUUUCCUUCCUGCUUAAUACCACCUCCUGCUGGGCUGUGACCUUUCCCUCCCGCCCUCCGCUUCUGCACAGAAAUCUUUGGGGUCUCCCCUCUCCCCAGCCUCUGGCCAGAGCUGAUUAGAUCCUAAGGGACCGUGUUCUCAGGAACCACCUUCUGGAACUGCUGGUCCCUUGGAGUCCCACUGCCAGAAGUGGCUUCUCCUAAGUUACAGGGUCCAGGCCAGAGCUGCUUUGCUGCUCCUGUGGUCCAGGCUCAAAUCAGAAAUCAGAGUCCGGGGCCGGGACUCUGCUCAGAGAGCUGGCCUCAAAUGGAGUUUAGCCCAAAUAUCUCCCAAGGGGAUAACUUAGCUUUUCACUGAAUACCCUUCCCAGUCGCCACUAGCACAGGGGUAUCUGGCAGCACCUUGGGGGGUGGGGUGGGGGCAGAUGACAAGGUUCUGGGGUAAAGGCCUACAGAGGGGCCUCUGCCCAGGGAACUCAUGACCCCCUCUGACCUAGGAAUCAGGGCACACACGUCACAGUGCACUGCUACAUUCAGCCAUGCCCUUGACAGAGAAUUCGGGGGAUACAGGAAGGGG